AUGCCAAACGGUACGUUAGAAGUAAUCAUCGUCGAAGGUCGCAAUCUUAAAGAUCGUGACAUCAUCGGUCAAAAUGAUGCCUAUGUGGAAAUUUACUUGGACAAGAAGUAUCGACAGCGUACAAAAGUGGUGAAAAAUUCUAAUAGUCCAGUAUGGAACGAACGAUUUACAUUUAACAUACAUAAAGGUGAUGAUACAAUACAUUUUGCUGUCUACGAUGACGAUUUAGUUGGUCGAGAUUCCAUUGGAAGUGGCAAGGUUAAAUUGAAACAUGUCUUUGAUGAUAACAAACAUGAGGAAUGGGUCAAACUACCAGCCCAUCUUGGUUUAUCAUCUCAUGGUGAAAUUCAUGUAAUUAUGAACUUUACCCCAUCUUGA